AUGUUAGCGGCAUUUUAUGUCACGUAUUUUGUAUUUGCUUCUUUUUCCUUCAAUGUCGCUCAACAGCAACAACAGCCGUUACAAUAUGUCGAUGGUUAUAGAUCAUCUUGCAAGUUUCAUCAAGCAGGUACCUUCAAUCUCAUUAUUUCGGCACCUCAUGGUGGUAGCCUAAUGCCGACCGACGUGCCUGAUCGAACACAAGGAGGUUGUCGUCGUUCAGGAUCAUAUUGCACAUGGAGAUACGACGACAAGUGUUUUGAUGGUCAACGUUGUACAGCAACGACAGUUCAAGAUUAUCUUAGCGGUGAAUUCGCGGAAAACGUCGCCGAAGAAUUGAACAGCAAGCAUGGUCUAAAACCAUUCGUUGUCAUUGGCAAAUGGAGUCGAAAAAAGGUUGACUUCAAUCGAGAAAUCAACGAGGCAACACUCAAUCAUCCUGAGGCUAUCAGUGCUUAUCAAAGUUAUCAUACAAAUCUUCAAUAUGCCAUAGAUCAAGUAAAACAACAAUAUGGCAAUGGUCUUCUUAUUGAUAUUCAUGGUCAGGGAGUAGGAAACUUUACAAUGGUUGGAUAUCUUCUAGACAGCGAUUUACUCAACAGAGACGAUCUUCAAUCAACACUCGGUACGAUUACAUCAAUCGAACAAAUCUGUUCAUUGUCUAAUCGAACUGAAUGUAUUCGAGGACAAACAUCUUUCGGUACAAUUCUUGAAACAAACGAACUCGGUAUUGCCUAUCCAUCAAUGGCACAUCCGAAGCCAGGAAAUGGUACUUUCUUUGAAGGUGGUUAUAUAACACGCAAUUAUAUUCUGAAGAUAAAUGCUAUUCAAACUGAAUUACCAUAUGAUAUACGUGCUGGGCCUUAUAAACGCGUGAAUGCUAUGAAAUAUGCACGUGCUCUUAUUGAUUAUAUGACAGUGAACACUAUAUUGUUGAAAAACUCAAAAUCGACAAUGUAG